ACUCCCCGCGGGGAGAGUACGACCUCCUUCCUCCUCUCUCCCCGCCUGGCUCGUACACACGCACACACACCCCAAACUCCACCCCCAGGCGCCUCCCGGGCCCCUGCUAGGUUGGGCUGCUCCAGGAAGUUUCCAUGAAAGCACCAGAAGUACUAAGUUACUCUUUCCAGGUGAGCGCGGAUGAGAAAGCGCUGGGCCGGCCCUAGUGAGUUGCAGCCCAGAGCUCUGGGCUCUGCUGGCAGGAAGAAGGCAAGCUGAGGAGGUCUUUGGACCCGGUUGCGUGGCUUUCACCCUCAUGGCUUCGCACAGGGGCCCCAGCAGUGACUGCUCCUAUGUCAUCGAUCACACCCACGUCCCCGAGUUCGAGGUGGCCACCUGGAUCAAAAUCACCCUCAUCCUGGUGUACCUGGCCAUCUUCGUGGUGGGCAUUCUGGGGAAUAGUGUCACCAUUCGGGUCACCCAGGUGCUGCAGAAGAAAGGUUACUUGCAGAAGGAGGUGACGGAUCACAUGGUGAGCCUGGCUUGCUCGGACAUCUUGGUCUUCCUCGUCGGCAUGCCCAUGGAGUUCUACAGCAUCAUCUGGAACCCCCUGACCACGCCCAGCUACGCCGCGUCCUGUAAGAUUCACACUUUCCUCUUCGAGGCCUGCAGCUAUGCCACGCUGCUGCACGUGCUGACGCUCAGCUUUGAGCGCUACGUUGCCAUCUGCCACCCCUUCAGGUACAAGGCCGUGUCGGGGCCCUGCCAGGUGAAGCUGCUGAUUGGCUUCGUCUGGGUCACCUCCGCCCUGGUGGCCUUGCCUCUGCUUUUUGCCAUGGGAGUCGAGUACCCCCUGGUGACCGUGCCCAAUCACCAGGGUCUCUCGUGCAACGUCUCCCGCACGCGGCACCACGAGCGGCCGGAGACCUCCAACAUGUCCAUCUGUACCAACCUUUCCAACCGCUGGACUGUCUUCCAGUCCAGCAUCUUCGGCGCCUUCAUCAUCUACCUCUUGGUCCUGGUCUCUGUGGCGUUCAUGUGCUGGAACAUGAUGCAGGCGCUUCUGAGGAGCAGUCAGGGCACGCUGGCAGGGAAGGGACGGCGGCCGCAGUUGAACAAGUCGGAGAGCGAGGAGAGCAAGACAGCCAGGAGGCAGACCAUUAUCUUCCUGAGGCUGAUUGUUGUGACCUUGGCUGUCUGCUGGAUGCCUAACCAGGUGCGGAGGAUUAUGGCCGCAGCCAAACCCAAGCACGACUGGACAAAGUCCUACUUCCGGGCGUACAUGAUCCUCCUCCCCUUCUCCGACACCUUCUUCUACCUGAGCUCGGUCAUCAACCCGCUCCUGUACAACGUGUCCUCGCAGCAGUUCCGCAGGGUGUUCGGGCAGGUGCUCCGCUGCCGCCUGACGCUGCCGCACGCCAACCACAGCAAACACCUGCGUGCCCGCGUCACCUCUGCUGCGGACAGCGCUCGCUCGGCGCGCCGCCCCCUCAUCUUCACCGCUUCCCGGUGCAGUUCCUCUGCAAGAACUAACAAGGUUUACUUGAGCACUUUCCAGAACGGGGGCGAGCCAGAUUCCAAGCCCCAGCAAUUGAGUCUUGAGGCAGCAGAACCCAACGUGCAGCUGAAACCACCCAACUCUGCCGCAGGGAAUGGUUUUCAGGAACAUGAAGUGUGAAUGUCAACUAUGGAAGCCUUGAGGACUAACCGGCGCCCCCAAUGAAAGCAACAUGAUCCUGACACACGCAGUGACAAAAUAAACCAUGCCCCUAUGAGGGACAGGAGUGGAAGCGAGGGGCCUUGGAAAAAAUGGAUGCCUCCCGAAGUGUCUUCUAGGGACUGAUUCUGCCAGCCCGACCUUGCCUCUGGUAAUAGGGGACAGACUUGGACUCCCCUCUUCAAGUACACACUGAAAAGUCAGACUGAAUUUAUUCAGAGCUUACAAAAACUGUUUGACACCGAGCUCUUUGAUUUGCAAAGGAACUGAAAGAAAGAGAAUACGCUCCCUCCCAACCCACAAAAAAAGGACACCCAGGAGAAGCUUGGGGAGCAGGGGCCUGAAGGACAAUGCAGGAGGGAUGAGCAUCUCCAACUUCAGCAGUGAGCCAAGAGGAGGGCGAGUUUCAGGAGCAGGAUGGUGGUGGGGAGCCCCGGCCGCAGGGCCAAGGCAGAACUGCUCCGUUUCUUGGGCCGGGGCCCAUUGCAAAGUGGGGUGUUGCAGCAGCUGAUGCACACUGAGUUCAGUUUCCCAGGGGAGCAGAAGGAUUGGUACCCAGCGGAGGCGAUGAGGCAGGCUGCUGAGGAGGCACACGACUUGCGGUACAUGAUCCCUGCAACACAACCCAAGAAGUGGGGUUAACUGGAGUUGGCCAAGGUUCAGCUCCUCCUCAUUCCUCCCACAGCCCAGCUACUUGGUGGGACCAGCAAGGUACUUUCGGUUGUUUCACUGAGCACACCGACCCCCCCCCCCCAAAUAUAAGUGACAAUGGCUUCUUCACCAUACAGCUCCAGUAACUUUUGACAAAUUGUUCCAAAAGCUAUUAGAUAUUGGUAUCAGCAAAGAGCUAUUAAAAUCAAAGUUCACUUAAAAAAAAUUCACACACAACUUAUAUUUGCCUUUUGUUGUUGUUGUAACUAUCUCAUGCCAUGGAGAAUGAGAUGUUUAUUAUAAGUGAUACAGAGAAGGCUGUCACCUAUGUGUUAAAUCCUAGAGUUCCCUGAACUAAUUCCCAUGAGAUCCCUACUGAAGGGGCCCUUAUUUUUCUGAGGUUUCAAGGUCCACUAGAGUGACGGGGUGGCCUGAUGUUGACAGUUUACCAGGAAGAUACUGGUUACAGGAAAUAAGCUUUGCCCUCAGAAUAUAUGGCUACCUGCCUAGUUAGCAUCCACAGCCACCAUUUAGUAAGGUACUGUGUAGGCACAUAAAGGAGCACAUAGGACACAUGGGAAUUGCAGCACAGUCACCAGUUAGGUUAUCUUGACUAAUCAUUUAAGUUAUUAAAGCUGGAACCUUAAUUCAAAUAAUACUAACUUCAUUUAAAGGCUUUCCUGUAUUCCAGACACUCUACAGAGGGCUAUGGUGUCCUAGUUGAUUUAUCACUACAGCAAGCCUACAAGGGAGAUCCCCAUUUCACAGAUGGGAAGCAUAAGGGCAAGAGAAGUUUACAAAUUUGCCCGAGGUCACACUACUAGAAAAUGGAGAAGUUGGGAUUUGAACCUAGAAUUCUGGCUCCAUUCCACCCAUAUCCUUACUAGUAUAUAUACCAAAGUAGCCAGCCAAGA